UGACAUUAUUGUUUUUGUUUUACUGACUAUGUUUUGUAUAAAGUGAUGUAUUAAAACGGUCAUCAAAUGUUCUAGUUUGCUAGCUAACAAACAACCAUAUUUCAAGCCAGCUAUGUUGACGAAUUUAUCAUUUGAACCUACAACUACGAGGCUAGCUAGCUAACGUUAGCCAGAUAGCUAACUAAUCCCUGCUAGCCACUGACACUGUAAACAGAUGUUCAAUUCAGCGUUAUUAUGUGCUCUACCUGCAGGCAGAGGAGCUGCACAUAUACCGGUAAUGGCAGAGCUGCACAUUAUCGGUCAGAUCGUUGGGGCAAGCGGCUUCCCUCAGAGUAGUCUCUUCUGCAAGUGGGGAAUUCAUACAGGGGGUGCAUGGCGACUUCUCUCUGGCUUGAAGGAGGGGCAGACCCAAGUGGAUUUGCCUCAGACAGGGGACAUGGCAUACUGGAGUCAUCCCAUUGAUCUGCACUACACCACUAAAGGACUGCAAGGCUGGCCCAAGCUUCACCUGCAGGUUUGGCACCAGGAUGCAUUUGGGCGCUGUCAGCUGUAUGGUUAUGGAUAUUGCCAUGUGCCCUCCAGCCCAGGGCACCACCAUGUACGCUGUGUGACCUGGAGACCACUGGGAUCCUGGCAGGAGCAGAUAGCUCAAACCUUUGUGGGUGGAGGUCCCCAGCUGCGCUCCACAGACAUCAUAUACAGUGGGGCGGACAGAUAUAGGCUGCACACAGUGGCUAUGGGCACUGUAGAGUUGGAGCUAGGCAUCAUCAUGCGACACUUUGACAGAUAUGGUGUAGAGAGCUGAAAUGUUGAGAGAUGGGACAGAGCAAAGGGUGAAUGGAGAGAGGCCUGAAUGGAGCACUGUAUUGUUACUGGGUGUGGAUUUUGACCAUAUCUGCAACGGGUACAUAAAGACUGAGCAGGUCAGAUUAGAUAUUUUGCCUUGUGAGAUGCGUUGAUGUUGCAUACAUACACUAUAGAUACAAAAGUAUGCGGACACCCCUUCAAAUUAGUGGAUUCGGCUAUUUCAGCCACACCCAUUGCUGACAGGUGUAUAAAAUCAACAAGUCAAAUUUCUGCCCUGCUAGAGCUGACCCGGUCAACUGUAAGUGACGUUAUUAUGAAGUGGAAACGUCUAGGAGCAAUAACGGCUCAGUGCUGAAGCGUGU